AAGCAGUGCCGUGCAGUUUCUUGUGAAAGUAAGUGAUCGUGAACCCACAUUUCGACGCCUAAGACCCCAUUCCCCAGAGUGUGCAGUUCGCCCAACUUUACAAGGAUGGCACACAAUAACUUAACACACCGUCUGCUCGUGGCGCUAAUGAUCUGCACAUUGAUCGUCGAUCUCAGCAUACUAACGGCGGCCCGGCCACAAGACAACGACGCGGCGUCUGUAGCCGCCGCCAUUAGGUACCUGCAGGAACUCGAAACCAAGCAUGCCCAACACGCCAGACCAAGGUUGGUACGAAGUGAUCUUUCUGCUAAUAUUAAUGGUUUCCACUCGGGGCUUGACAAAAUUAUUGGAUAUUUCAUCCUAGAAGCUAUCGAUAGAGCUCACUCGACUGACGCUAGACCCAGAUUUGGUAAACGCGGCGGUUACCUCAAUCCGCUGGUGUUUGGACAAGACGAGCAAGAGCGGAACUUUUACAGGCUGAUUGGCAGGAUCCAACAUUUUCCAGAUGAACAACUUUCGCAUAAUGCUUAGACGCUCGCAUCCGAUUCAACCAAUACGCAACUAUACCUACCGGCCAUCCCAACAACGUAAUCCCGAUGAUCAAAACCAAAGAGACAGUUUUGCCUGAACACCCCGAAACCGGCUGUACCUGUACUGGCCACUAGAGUUCAGGACACAGCUACAUAUGAAUUCAUUCCUAGUAACUUAUGGCAGAAUGCUAUUCGCCAGAUUCUUCUUGUCUUUUAAUCCCGAAUAAGUAAUCGCAGGGCAUACAAUUGCACUAAGACCUUAAUCCCAUUUAAAUAAAGGUUGGUUCGGUGUGCAACUAAAAUGUAGAACUAGUGUGCCAAAGCGAAUGUGACAAAGUGCAUAUUUCUUUUCCGACUUUACGUUCAGGCAGAAGACACUAUUCAAUAAUAAACCUUUCAUGCAUAUUAUAAAUGUUCAGCUUAACGUUAUCGAGCAAAUAGAAGGAUUCGUUUGAUUGUGUUUGUGUUGACGGCAAUUAUGACGGUAUCACAGUCGCUGUGUUGCAUCUCAAAAUAGCUAAGGAUAUAAUGCAAAGCUAAGAAUUUUAAAAGAAGUAAUACAAUUAAAACUAAAUAAUUGGAUUGAAACCAACUUUUCGUAACAUCAACUUUUGCUUUGGCAUAAUAUUUGCGCGAUAAUUUGGUUUACCGGUUAAUGAAAAAAAAACAUAAAAUCAUAUGUUUCGAAGUUGUAAAAAAGCACUGAUAUACGUA